CCUUCAUCCUCCUUUCUCCUCUCUCUCUUUCUCUCUCUCGCGUCCCCACUCUCUUGCCGUCAUAACCCCCAUCUAAUACCUUCAUCCCGUUUCGUAUCUUUUCUUAUAUUCGCUAGCAUCAUUGCAUCUUUUGUAUUCUUCUCUUUUUUUGGUUGAGAGAUCAGCUCAAUUCCCCCACCACCCACAAACACACAGUCGUUCUGUCCAGCAUCAUGGCUGCCGCUCCCGUCAACAGCAACACUCAGGCACAAGAGUCUUCGUCAGCGAAGCUCAAGCAGAAGCACGCCCCUAGCGCUUCCAUCGUUUCCAAAUCCGAUGAAGCUCUAGUGACCCCCAACGGACUCGACAACGUCGACAGCCCGUACCUCAAAGAGCUCCAAAAGAGCCUGCGCAAUGCAAACAAGAAGCUGAAUGCCACCGCCAAGGUCGAUGCCAUCAUCGCCGAAAACCCUGGAAAGUCACUGGAAGAACUGGUCGCGACGAAGAAGAUCAAUACCGAUCAGAAGGCGCAGGCCGAGAAGAAACCCGCUUUGCAGGCCAGCGUCGCUCAGAUCGAGGAGCAAAUCGCCCAUCUCAAGGAGUUUGCUGCUCACUAUGAGCAGCGCCUCGUCAGUCAGAAGGCUGACCUGGAAAAGCUUCACCAGGACGAAUUGAAGGCUGUUCAGGAGAAGGCUACUGCCGAGGCUAACGAAGCAAGCAAGAAGGAUCUGAGAGUGCGGCUUCUCAGCCUGAGCAAGUUCCUUUACACUGCGGCUACCAUGAGGCGGUCUGGGGAUGAGACCUCCAAUGUAACCCGUGCGUUCGAGGGCGUGCUCUACCAGAUCUACGCCGGGUCACACGACGCCGUUACCUCGAUGCUCAAGGUCGUUGAUGGCGUGGACGAACCCGUCGUCAGCGUCGAGGGCGAGACCCUGGAAGUCACCUAUGGCAAGGUCAAACAGUCUGCUGAGGAACAGGCGCCUGCGACCGAGGAAGUAGCUCCGGAUGCCGCGCCCGCGUCCGACCCUACGCUGGCGAACGCCGGUUACACCGAGUUACAGGAUCCUUCCUAUACCGCCAGUGCUCCAGCUGCGGACGAGACCGCUCCCGCCCCUGAGAACUCCGAGCAGAAUGCUCCCCCGGCUCAAACGCAGGUCUCUGAUGCUGCAAACCCCGUGGCGGAGGCUACCUGGGAUCCCAACACCGGUGGCUCUCUCACUUCUUCCGCGACGGCGGAUGGCUGGGUUGAAGUGCCUCGCGAUCCGGCUGAGACCGAUACUGGCCUCCAGGCCACCCCGGCCGCUGUCGAGGUCGACGCUCAGAAUGCGGCUGCUGCGGAGGCUGUGAGUGCCGAUGCGGAGGAAGCCUCUGCUCCGAAGGCCCAGAAGGGAGAAACGCCGGAGGGAGCUGCGCACCAGAGACAGCACAGCUUCCGUGGUCGCGGCAGAGGUGGGCGUGGACGAGGUGACGGAUCGCGAGGACGCAGCCGGGGCGAAUUUAGGGGUCGUGGACGCGGUCGUGGAGGCCGUGGACGCGGUGGCCCCAACGGCGCACCAGCUGCCACUCCCGCGGCAGCCCAGCAAGCUUAAAUCGCACCGUCACUUGGGGGGUGGGGAGGGAGUUGUUGAAGAAGAAAUGACUCCCGGUGCCGAUGCUUUCCCGCCUAACGUUACACCGGACAUCUUGUUCCUUUCUUGCAAUCCCGGAAUUUUCCCAGCUACCCUUCCAUCUUCUCUAUCUUGCGGUCUUCUUGGCCUCCGACAUCUUCGGCAUGUCCCUUGUAUCUUUCCUAUCUAAUACGUUCAUGGGUAAUGGUGGUGUUAUGGUUCACGAAAGCGACGAAUCUCUUGAAAUGUUUACAACGAGGACUUCUUGGGUAAGAGUGGCGGUAUGUCGCUCUGCUUUUCUCUUUUUUUCUUUACCCCCGGGCCUUUUUCCUUUUUGGAUGGCUGGCAUCCUAAAAGUGGCUGGUUGUACAUGUCUUGCAGUUAUUGAGCGUGCAUAGUAUUCCUGCUCUUCAAUCUUUUCCUUCUCCCCUUGGCGUGGCCUGUACGCUUCGGUGUAUGGUGCCCAUUCUGACGGCGCCGACACCCUUCUGUAUUUUACUUCCUAAUGCUGUUGGUAUGCAUGGGGACGAUGUGAAGGCUGGAUCGUUAUGGGAUGGCAUGAUUGGAAUGGGACGAAUUCGGAGGGCACUAUUUUGUUAUGUUUUAUGCUAGAUGAUGGUGGACGAGGUGGCUAAGCAAUGGAUAUCGCGGCAUGAACCCACCCGAUAUGCUCCUGGCUCUACGGAGUAAGUGUAGAAGUAGAAAGUGCUCUAUAGAUACGAUUUCGUUGUUAGGGCUCGGGGCGGGGCUUAGCUAAGCGGGGAACUGAGCUGUUCUCUUUUCUCUCCCGCUGGAUUUGUUUAUCUUCUCUCACAUUCAACC